AUGCCGCCUGCGACUAGUGGCUCCGAUGCCGCCCCUAGCGACAAGAACCCGGAGAAGAAAGGAGAGAAGAAGACGGAGAAGAAGGCCGAAAGGUCGUAUCUAGCAAGCGCUGUCGACUCCUUCAACCCGUGGAACACCACCCGGAGCACCACUCCCACUCUCAGAGAUAACCCGUCUGCGUCUACAGGCAAACCCAAGCCUGCACCUGCCACGAAAGCCGACGAUCACAGGAGCAAUACUCUCUAUGGCCAGAGCUUCAGGAAAUACCCCACCGACUGUCCGCCGCUGAAUGUCAUGUGGUUUCAUGCCGUUGAUGUUCCCAAGCGCAAACCGAACUUCCUCAGGUCCAAGAAGGAGGUGCAGAAUCCUAAGCCCACGCCAGCGCCAAAGAAGUUCACGGCCUUCUCCAAUCACGAUUCUCGAUCGAUCGAAAAUGCCUAUCAGAAACUACUAGAAGAGCUCGAGACUGAGCGCGGUAAUGCCAAGGCGAACAAACACAUACGGUCUAGCUCUCAGCGUAAGCAGGCUGUGUCGGUGGACGAUACGCCCAAUACCAGUAUCGAUCAAGAGGCGACUGGUCAACAAGGGGGCUUGCGAGUUCCGGUCAACGAGGAUUUUCUCUUCGAUGUGGACAUUGAGGAACGUGAGUUGGCACCAGUGUACUGGCUAGGUCCCGUCUACGACGUCCGUCGGGGCACUUGGUUCUACCAAGAGGGUACAACGCUACGUCCUUGCGAGGAGAACCUAGCAGCCCAGCUCGAGGAAGGGUACUUGAAGAUCAAGCCCUGGACAUAUCCUGCGAAUCCUGUUCGCAGCAACCCAGGGACGCAAGACAUCACACCCAAAGCAUCUGCAGAGAAUCUGGAGUCUGCAGCCAAGGCGCAAGCUGAAGGGGCUUUGAAGCCCUUGCCUUCACAGCCUGGAGCGCAACACCAACCGCAGACUUAUCGCCUCUUUGGUACUUACAUGAACAGCAUAACCACAUACCAGGACGCAAAUACGGCUUGGUUAUCCUCCGAGAGUGUGUUCUCAUGGGUCACUUCGACUGUGUAUCAAAAAUUCGCCGGAGGUGGAUACAUGAAUGGUAUCAAACUCGUGCGUGGCUAUACAGAGCCGGGAGCCACAAAGGAAGGCAAGAGACCUACUACGCCGACGACAACUACUCUACCUCAUCACGGAGGCGAUGAGAAGCAGGACAAAUCUCUCAAACGAAGAUCCGCUCCACCCAGCACACGCUCAGACGCCCCGAUAGACAAACAGGAGGACGGGGACGAGACUGAGGAGAACCGCCUGAAGCGUCAAUUCUCAUCUUACAUUGAAUCUGAAGACCCCGAAAAGCAAGAAGAACAUAUCAGAAAACGUGAAGAGCAGGAAAUCCGGGACGACUAUACAGGCCAAGACGGGGAGACCCAGGGACGCGAGAUCGAACAUCUAGUCCUGGUCACUCAUGGCAUAGGCCAGCUGUUAGGUCUCAGGAUGGAGAGUGUCAACUUUGUCCAUGAUGUGAACGUGUUAAGAAAGACCCUAAAAGGAGUCUAUUCUCACUCGGCAGACUUGAAAGCGCUCAACGCCGACAAAGGCAGUGGCCCAGGUAACUGCAAGAUUCAAGUCUUACCUGUCUGCUGGCGACAUCUGCUGGAUUUCCCCAAGCGGCGUGAAAAGAAGGGCGAGACAGACAUUGGGGAUGUCGUGGACGAGGAAGACGACUACCCUUCCUUGGAAGAUAUCACUAUCGAGGGUGUUGCUUUCGCCCGCUCACUAAUUUCUGAUCUGGCCCUGGACGUCCUGCUUUACCAAAGCGCCUAUCGAGAGCAAAUCGCCGAGAUAGUCCUUACGGAAUCCAACAGAAUCCACAAGCUCUUCAUGGAGCGUAACCCGGAAUUCAAAGGCAAGAUCCACGUAAUCGGCCAUAGCUUGGGUUCCGCGAUCAUGUUCGACAUACUGUGUCGGCAAAAGGAAUCAUCUAAGCCUCAAGAGGCUCUCCGUAAUCCACUUCGCUUCUGGCCAUCCCAGGAGCGCCUCGAGCCGUCUAAGAAUCCUCGAGACCUUGCUUUUAACUUUCACGUGGACGAUUUCUAUGCCUUGGGAUCGCCGAUUGGACUUUUCCAGAUGCUUAAGGGGCGUACAGUCGCAGCUCGGCAUCAACUCUAUGCGGCACCUUCUGACAGUCCUCUCAACUCGGAGUAUAAAGAAGAUCCUUUUUUCUCUCCAUCUGUCUCAUCAAACGAACGUGUCUCAGCGAUCACCGGACUACCGUCGUCGGUAUCGUCACCUAAAGUUCGGCAGCUUUUCAAUAUCUUCCAUCCAUCGGAUCCCAUCUCGUACCGUAUAGAGCCUCUAAUCUCUCCAGCAAUGUCUUCACUCAAACCCCAGGCACUGCCAUACACGAAGAAGGGCAUCUUCGGCGCUGUAGCACCGCAAGGCCUAUCGGGGAUCGGGGUUAAGGUUGGGCAAAGCGUCAGCGGACUGUGGUCAAGUCUCAGCGCUGGUAUUGCGAGCAGUCUGCUUAACCGCAGUCUUGGAUUGAGCAACGAGGACGUAGCGAAUUUCAAUGCAGCCAACCUACCAGCGACCAACAACCCCUCCCUGCAGAACCAGGCCCUACCGCCUGGUGCUGGCACGAACAUUGUGGCGGGUGAGGUCAUCUCCGACACUAAUGCACAAUCCGAGAAGUCAGACGUUCGGAAGAAGGCGUUGGCUCGCCGCAAUACGUCCGGGUCGGGGUCUACGACUCCCAGCGGUAACAGUCAAGAUACAACGCUCAUUGAUGAUGAGCUGGAGACUCUGUACGCUCGUUAUCAGAAGAAGCGUGUUGAAGAAUACAAGGACAGCGUCAGCCGGGCGGACGAGGGCCAGCAGAUGGGCGACGCGUGGGCUGCCGAGGAGCUCAAGGCCCAGAAACUGAGACGAGAGGAAAUGAAAGUGAGGGCGCUGAACUGGAAUGGGAGGGUCGACUAUAAUAUCCAAGAGAGUGCACUCGAUUACAACCCCCUGAAUACCAUCGCAUCCCAUAUGAGCUAUUGGCAAGACGAAGACGUCAGCCACUUCAUCAUCUCGCAACUGCUCACAAACCGGGCAAACAGAGCCAAACUAGGCCCCCAGCAAGGGGAAGCAGGUUGCGACUCCUGGGCACGCCAGCAACACCACCAGCGCCAACGGCAGUAA